AAUCUCUUAACUCACAUAGCUCGCCAGGUUUCUCCCCCAACACAAAUCCACUCUUACCCUCAUUUUCUCUCGACUCUACGGUCCCCACCCCAGAUUCCCGUGACAUUUUCCCAAUCCAACACUUAAUUGAGCAACUGGGAUUCCUCACGUGCGGGGUUGAUUUGUAGUUUGAACACGUGGCUCAUUCAAAAAAGCCGGAAUAUCCUAGUUUUUUUCCUUCCCCCUUCUUCAUAUUGGUUUUAUUCAGAGGCGGGCACGAGCCUUAACGUGUGUGAAUUUAUCUGUCUCUUUGCCAAGGGGUUUGGAGGAAGACAAAAAGUCGUGUCUCCUCCUUUUUCACUCAGUCAGAUAUCGUUUUGGAGAAACUGAAUAAAUAAUUAAGAUUUUUUUUUUUUGCGCGAUAGAGAAGGGCGAGUAAGCGCAAACGCGACGAGGUUUCCCGUCAAAUAUCUGUGGCUUCAACGACUGGGGGAAGCACGCCACCGCCACUCCGUUGAGUAGUAAGGCGAUUUUGGCGACUCCAAACCCGAGAGAGCAAAUCACGAUUUCCUUCUGCGUAAAGAUUGUCAAUUUCAGCGCAGACCAUGAAUAAGCUGUACAUUGGAAACGUGAGUGAAGAGGCGAGUGCCGAGGACUUGGAAACUAUCUUUGAGCAGUGGAAGAUUCCGCACAGUGGUCCGUUUCUCGUCAAAACUGGUUAUGCGUUCGUGGAUUGCCCCGAUGAAAAGAUAGCAAUGCUGGCCAUCGACAUUCUUUCAGGUAAAGUUGAACUACAUGGAAAACUCCUAGAAGUGGAGCACUCGGUCCCUAAACGUCAAAGGAGCUGUAAGCUGCAGAUCAGGAACAUCCCGCCUCAUCUGCAGUGGGAGGUUCUGGAUGGCAUGUUGGCUCAGUAUGGCACAGUGGAGAACUGCGAGCAAGUAAAUACAGACACAGACACGGCAGUGGUCAACGUCCGAUACGGUGCCAAGGACCAGGCCAGACAGGCGAUGGAAAAGCUGAAUGGCUUCCUGAUGGAGAACUUUGCCCUGAAGGUGUCGUACAUCCCUGACGAGACGGCGGCUGCUGCCGCCCCGACCCUGGGAGGGGGUAAGAGGGGCUUUGUCCCCCGUGGCCCUCUGCGAUCGGGUUCCCCAGGCCUGGGGGCGCGCCCCAAACUGCAGUCGGAUGUCCCUUUGCGCAUACUCGUCCCCACACAGUUCGUAGGAGCCAUCAUCGGCAAGGAAGGAGCCACGAUUCGCAAUGUCACAAAACAGACACACUCAAAGAUUGACAUCCACAGGAAGGAGAAUGCGGGAGCAGCAGAGAAGCCCAUCACGGUCCACUCCACCCCAGAGGGUUGCUCCAAUGCCUGCAGAACCAUCAUGGAGAUCAUGCUGAAGGAGGCCCUCGACACCAAGUUUACUGAGGAGAUUCCACUGAAGAUUCUGGCUCACAACAACUUUGUGGGCCGACUAAUCGGGAAGGAAGGACGGAACCUAAAAAAGAUUGAAGUGGACACCGAGACCAAGAUCACCAUCUCCCCUCUCCAGGACCUGACGCUGUACAACCCUGAGAGAACCAUCACAGUGAAGGGUUCCAUCGAGGCGUGCUCCCGCGCUGAGGAGGAAGUGAUGAAGAAGGUCAGGGAGUCGUAUGAGAACGACGUGGCCGCAAUGAACCUCCAGUCUAACCUGAUUCCAGGACUCAACCUGAAUGCCUUGGGUUUGUUCCCUGGUGGUGCUCCAGGUAUGGGCCCCUCCAUGGGACACAACGCCCCACCUCCCGGUGCCCAGGGUGGCUACUCCUCAUUCGGGAGCAGUUACAUCGGGGGCGAAGGGCCAUUUUGGGCGUCUGUGCUGUCGGCGAGCAGCCAGCCCCUUUCUGGCCAAGGGCAGCCGGAGUCGGAGACGGUCCAUCUGUUCAUCCCGGCGCUGGCGGUCGGAGCGAUCAUCGGAAAACAGGGUCAACACAUCAAGCAGCUGUCGCGCUAUGCCGGAGCCUCCAUCAAGAUCAGUGCAGAUGAAGUCCGUGUCGUAGAUGCAAACCAGGUAGCACCUCCAGACGGCAUGGACACCAAGCAGAGGAUGGUGAUCAUCGCUGGACCACCAGAGGCCCAGUUCAAGGCUCAGGGUCGUAUCUUUGGGAAGCUAAAGGAGGAGAACUUCUUUGGGCCGAAGGAGGAGGUGAAACUGGAGGCUCACAUCAAGGUGCCCUCCUUCGCUGCUGGUCGUGUCAUCGGAAAGGGAGGCAAAACGGUCAAUGAGCUGCAGAACCUGACCAGUGCUGAGGUGGUGGUCCCCAGAGACCAGACACCUGAUGAGAAUGACCAGGUCAUCGUCAAAAUCACUGGACACUUCUAUGCAAGCCAGCUGGCCCAGAGGAAGAUCCAGGAGAUAUUGUCACAUGUGAGGCGGCAACAACAGCCAAAACCCUCGCCCCGUGGGGAGGGGCCGUCCCGUGGGGACGGGCUCGCCCGGCCCUCCCGGAAGUAGACCGGGCGGUCCAGUCACUGGCCCCCAGAAGACAGACCAGAGGGGUAACACGGGCAGGGACGACACGCUCAUCUCAGGGGUUAAGGGUCAUGGGUACCCGACUGUACACCCCAUACCCCUCUCAAUGACCUCCUUGACCAACACCACAAUGUGGAUAGACCUUAACCCCCCCCCCCC